CAUAUCUACCUCGUAUAGCACACAGAGUUCCCUACCCUACACACAUUGCCAAAACCCAGCGUCCAAGUCGUACACACUUGCUGCAAAGAAAGAAGAAACCUAAGGUUGACGAGGACAUGGCCGUCGCGAGGAGGACGAUGAGGCUCGCUCUGCCGCUGAUCCUGGCGGCGCUCAUGCUGCUGGCGGUGCUCGGUGAGGCGCGGCCGCUGGGCGGCGCCGACUGGGCCGCCGCCGGAGGGACCCCGCUGCCGGCCGUGGUGCAGGCGCUCCGGCGGCUGUACAUGCAGCAGCUGGGCGGCCCGGGCCCCUCGUGCGGGACCAACAGCCCAAACGUCCACUGCCCGUAGACGGUCGAGGCCGGCCGAACGCCGCAGCUCGGCCAUCGCGCCGGCGGCCGGUUCCUCCCGUGGUUCGAAGUUCCGACGUGUGUUUUUGGCGAACCGGGGUGGUACGUAGACUCCGGUGAUCGGCUGUAGGAUUGGAUUCGUUGAUUGGUUUGGUUUCUUGGCGAUUUUUGCACACGCGUACGUGUACGCAGGGUGGCAAUUUGUACAUACAUAUACGCACAAGAAAAGAUACACGCAUAGUACGUAGGAUUCUGUCUGAAUAAAACAUAGGCAGGCUGCAAAAGCAUGUCAGCAAUACGUUUGUACUUACGUUACAUAUGUAAACCUUUGUUUAUGAAUUGAAUUGAUACGCU